CGCGGUGCACGAAAAGCUGAAAGAAACUUUCGGUUGGAAAAGGCUUCUCUGGUGACGGCGACUCGGACGCGGCGAAAAGCCCAGCAAGAGCUGGUUCGGGAUGCGAUCACGGCAGCUCGGAACAAGCGUCGAGAGAGACGAGAGGCUUUCCCCUUCAGGACCGUCCCUGCCACCAUCAGGGCUGCCCACCAUCCGGGAAUCCUCCCUCACGCCCAGGUCCAGGAACUGGAUCACGACCUGGACGACGACCGAUCCGUUUCAGACGAGGAAGGCGGGGAGGGCGGAGGGAGAGGCGGGCUGCCCUCACAGCAGCUGGUCCCGGUCGCCCAGGCUCUCUUCCCAUCGUGUCUCUGCGGGGCCUCCGAACUGCUCGUGUUCGCCCUGGAUGAUCCGUCGGUGACGUCAAACGGGUCGGCCGUGUAUCAGGUGGCGCACGAGGUGAUCUGGAGCUGCCUGGUGGAGGACACCACGCUCUUUCUCAGACACUUUCUGGAGAGGCUGACGAGGGAGGAUCCGCUGGGGUCGCUGGCGUCGCUGCGUCGGUUGGUGGGGUUCGUUCGGCCGUUGCCGCCGCAGACGGCCUUCAUUCUGUAUAACUAUCUAGUCGGGUUCAUCAUGUUUUUGCUUCGGUCGUCGAAUCCGGCGGCGCAGGAUCACAUUCCGGCUGCGCUCGAUCUCAUCUGGAUGGUGGCGGAGUACGUGCCGAGUCUGUUCUUCAAGGAUCUGAAGCAGGUUCUGCGAAAGGAGCAGUGCGAUACGUCCAUUCUCCUCUCUGCCAAUGUCCCCUCGGCCAAGAAGAUCAUCGUCCACGGACCCGAUGUGGGGGGGAUCCCGUCUCAGUUCCCCAUUCAGGUGAGGGGAGAAAAGGCGCGGAGGGCAGGAAUGUGGAGGGCGGGAAGGCGGGAGAGCGGGAAGGCGGGGAGCGGGAAUGUGGAAGGCGGGAAUGAGGAUACCCAAUUCCUGCAGAUUCUGCAGGAGGCCUUGGAUUUCUUUGGGAUCGACGAGGCCGAGCACGAGAAUUACUAUCUGGUCGAUCACAAGUCGCAGGCCAUCCACAACCUGACCUCGUACGUGAGGGACUUCUACUUCUUCAAGCGGUCCCAGUACCCGCAGCUGAACCUGGUGAAGCUGCCGGCGAAGGAGGCUUACCUCUCGCUCCAGAAGCAGGCUUUCAACCGGAGGAACGUCGAGAUCGGGAAGAUCCUCAUGGCCCUGUCCAUUCUGAGGAUCAAGGAGCAGGCUGUUCAACGAAUCUUCUCGCUGCACGAAGAGCUGAUGAGGUUGCCGUCGUUCCCGAGAAGAGCGCUGGAAGUGGAUUUUGGGCUUUUCAGCGGGCCUCUGGGAAAAAUCCUGUACGGACAAGAGGUGAUCCACAAGUACCUGUGGGUCCAGCUGGUCGGGAGUCUGUUCCGGGGACUGGGGACGACGCUGCCGAGCCCCCCCGACCUGCAUCUGUUCCUCAACAUCCUCCGGGGCGUGAUCAUCCUCCAUCCGACGGAUGCGUCCGUGUUGAGGCUGGUGCUGGCGACGCUCGUCGAGGCGGCGGCGAGGUUCAAGCACGUCUUCGGGUCUAACGGGUAUGGGUGGUCUGUGGCCUCGUGCCUUUUUCUUUCGUGUCGGCGAGUGGGCGCUCGAGGGACAAAUAUUGCUAAGGAGGGCCAGAAAAACUUGCGGAAUUGGGAUUUGACAGAUGAGGAUCGCUCCUGGAUGAAGAUUCUCAUCACGAAAGUGCACCAUGUUAGGCUUAACGCAGCGAGUCAACACGGGGGAAUCGAGGAUGUCGUGAUUCGGUCUCGACAAAAAAGUCACAUCCUCAGUCGUGCGAUUCUCGGGCGAAAAGAUUUCCACGGCCCAGUCCGUCGGAACGAGACACGGUGGGAGAUGUAUGGAGCGGGAGAUGGGACGGCUGUCGGGAGAUUCGGCAACCCCUUUAACGCGAUCUGCCGCGUCACGCAACACAGAAUGGAACUGCCUGGAGAGGGAGAGAGAAAGGGGGAGAGGGAGAGGGAGAGAGGGAGAGGGAGAGGGGAAUGCGCGAACAUGCGCAGCCUACAGCGCGGGUCGUUGGAAGGGUCUGGGGAUCGAGCGGGAAGAUCGGCAACGCAGGUGCUUCCCGGGAUCUUUCCCCUCGUGCUGCCAGUGAUGCCGAAUCAGCAGUCUCUUUCCAACUGGUUUAUGGAGAUGGUCUCGGGAAAGCAGAGCCGAACGUUCUUGCUGAUCAUGCCGGCCCUGGUGAGACUGUACAGCAUGAACCAGACGAACCACCACAUCACCAAGGGGAUCGAGUUCACGGUGGAGCAGUUCUACAUCCUCCACCGGAAGCCGUUCCUGCUGCAGCUGUUCGGGAGCGUGGCCCCCAUCCUCGACAGGCGGAAGGGGGAUUCCAUCUAUGGAGACUGUAGGAAGGUGGAGCCGAAGGCGUUUUUCCGCCUCCUGACGAGCCUGGCCGAGACGAGCUCGGACACGCUGGAGAUCCUGCCCCUCCUGUCGAAGGACGUGGUGCCGUUGAGGACCCUGGAUUUCUGCUACCACGGGGAUCCCAGCACGGUGUCCAUGGUCGAGUGCCUGUCGCUGGCGACGUCGGUGGUGGCGUAUGCGGCGGACUCGCGGCGGGCGCAGCACAUGCUGUCGGUCGCGUCGUCGCAGAUCGUGUUCGAGGCCCUGCUGCCGUUCCACCUGCGCUCUCUGGUGAGGAGCGGGGGCAAGAAGGAGAUCCGGGCGGAGAGGGACGACAUCGCCCAUCUCGCCGCCACGAUCCACACGCUCGUCAUCAACUGCGAGCCCCUCACCAAGGAUUUUCGCGGUCCGUCGCACGGCUCCGACCCGAAGGUGUCGAGCGUGAAGGCCCUCACCAGCAAGGCGGGCAAGUCCUCCGAGGUGGACGAGGAGUCCAAGACCGAUUUCCCUUCCAGGAAGAUCACUUCCACUUUCGAUCGCGAGUUCUUCGACUUCGAGGUGAUCCGCGGAUCGUACCGAAUCCCCCGAGACACGCUGUUGGCCCUGGUGGCGGAAUACGUGACGUGGUGCAAGAGCAGGCUGUCGGAACUGGCGAGGAAGAACACGGCGCCGGGGGACCUCAAGCCCGUGGAGCUCCUCGACAAGAAGUGUCACAUGGUGCGUUCGAAAUCCGUUCUCGCCUUGCUCGGUAUCGGGACGGGUGAUGAGGUCGGGUCCGUGGGUCAGAGGCUGGCGGAGGUGGCGCACAGUCUCCUGAAGGUGGCGUCGUACGACCCGCAGACGAUGGGGUGCGUGGGGCUGCAGAGGUACAUGAACGAGGUGCUGCCUGCGGGGGCGUGGGCGCUGGAGGCGAUGAGGCCGUCGCUCUUGCUGGUUCUCAGGCGGAUCGAUAAGAUGGUCGACAAGAUUUUUAAGAAGCCGUCCAUUCGGCAUAAUACGGAUUGGGAGGCGGCUGGGGGUCUGCUGAAGGGGGUGGCCACGACUCUCAGGCGUCAUCCGUACAUCGCCCAUUAUACCAAUCUCAAGCUUCUGCUGCAAUGCUGCCAGUCGUUGAUCCUGGGAGAGGUGCCAGUGCCUCAAAGUACAAGCGGGGAGCACGGCGGCUCUUUGACGCCGACGUCGGUGGGCGCGUCGCUGCGGAACGCCCCGCCGUCCCACUUCUCCAACGUCAUCAUCCAUCUCACUGCGCUGCAGACACUGGCGCUGGGGGAGUCGUACAAGCUGGACCAGGUGUGCGGGGGGACGAGCCUGCUGCCGAGCGUGGAUCGGACCCAGCGCGUCUUGCUUCACCUCGUUCUUCCUCUCUGCCUUCGGGCGGGAUGCGGACGCAAAGGUAGACUCGGAUCCGUUCUUGGGGUCUCGUUUUUCUCGGCUCCAUCGGUCGGUGCUUUUGAAUCGGGACGCUAUCGAAUUUCUUCGUAUCGGUCGGUUCGAAAGGGAUGCCAUCUGCCGGGGAUGAGGGAGGAGAACGUGUGCUUCGUGACGAAGGUCCUCCUCCACUCGCUCAGCCCGCCGCCGCUGGUGUCGACUCAUAGAGAGAUGCAAAGGGAGGCGCAGGGGCAGGGGAUGACGUCGUCGUCGUCCAACGAACAGAGUCGGAGCUCGAUGUCGCAUACUCAGAUCCAUCACGUGCCCGAUUCUCUCCUUCGCAUCGCCUUCAUCGGUUCGUCGAAGCGGUUUCGGUUGUUUUCUGAAGCGGGGCGCUGGUGUGACUCUGGUCGGUUGGCUCCGAUCGUGGUGAGUAUGUUCCCCUGGAUGCUGCGUUCCAUGUGGCUCCGGAUGAACCAGACCCUGAAGGAUUUCGCGGCUCGACCCGACGUGAAACAGCAUCCUGGAUUCUGGGAUUUCCUCAUCUUCCUCCUCGUCAAUCGAUGUCCCCUCACGCUCCUUCUGCUCCCGACCAUCAAGAGACUGGCGCUCGAGGAGACUCGAGGAGACGAGGGGAAUCUGUGGAAGGUCCAGGCGAAGGAGCUGAUAACGGGGGAGGGCCUGGUCACGACUCCGCUCUGCAAGGCGUCGCUUGCUGCUUCCCUCGCCGAUCAGCUCACGAGCCUCAAGGUCGAGCUCUCCAAGGUCCACUACGAAGAGUAUUCGGUGAGGGGAGGGAGUAGCAGCCCAGGCCCACCCAUCCAAAAGGCCUCUUUCACUGAACUCGUCAACGAAGGUUCCGUCACUCGUAUCGCCAUCCAAGGAAAACUGAUGGGCCGAUUCCCGAUCCACACGGGGACUGCAGCUCAACACAUUCGCCGUCGGACCAGCUAUGCUGGCGAAGCUCUUCAAUCUCAUCUCUUAGGAUUGGGAAAGAACAAGACCGUGACUGGAUCCGAGCCAAAGUUGUACCGAAAGUCAACAGUGAUCUUGAGGAAGGCGACGUCGAAAUUGAGCGACCCAGGAGCCAGUGUAGAAGAAGGACAGGAACUAGAAGUUGAAAGCAGCAUUGGAGAGGAAGGUGAAGAGUCCCUAGGGUCCUACAGGGCCAGGCAUCGGCUUCAUCGAAGCCGCAAGGUCCUCCAAUUUCGCAAGAGUCGCAAGGGGAACAUCCAGGUGUCUCACAUCCCAGUCCAAGACCCAGAAACAGGAGUGGGUUCACCACCUGCAUCGGGUAAAGAUGUGGGAAAGGAAGGCACCAGGUCCAUGCAACAGCUCUCUGUCUCUGCCAUCCAUCCUCACGUCACCUUUCAAGAUGAGGGCAUUCGAAGGACCAGCCUCCCUGUCUGGUUCAUGUAUGGUGAAGAUGUUGAAGAAGUCAUGACUAAGGAGAAUGUAUUGACUAGACUCCUAAAAAUAUCCAUCAAUUGCAAAAUGGCAGAAGACAUUCAAGCGUGCAAAGACACAACUGACAUUAUUGAAGUGAACCGCCAACAUGGGCUGUACUUGAAACCUCUGGCCAGAUUAACUGUGACUGUUCAGUUACCUCAGCUAAAGACAACCAAUCAGGCCAUUUCUAACUGGGAGGUGAUGGAGAAAAUCCGUGCUGUGAUAAAACCAGAAGAAUUCCUCACCCUCAAGGUUUCAAAAACAACCUUGGAAGUCCUGCGAUUUGAAGGAGAAAUAGACAGCAAGACAAAUCUGCAGAUUGUGAUUUCUAAACUUGAUCAGAAGUCCAUAAAAUUGAGUGGCUUCUCUGAGCCAUUGAAGGUGAAGGCAGCAGAAGCCAAGGUCCCCUUCCCUACCCGACAUGACUGGGAUACUUUCUUCCGAGAAGCCAAGAAUAUGAAUGAGAUGAAGCCUGGUGAGCGACCAGAUACCAUUCAUAUUGAAGGGCUUCCCACAAAAUGGUUUUUUGCACAUGAUGAUCCUGUGAAGAACCGACCAAGUGAAAUUCUUGUUAAGCAGACAUUUGAGCCGUGGGGUGAAAUUCGUUGCAUUGACAUUCCCUGCCUCGACUCAUACAGAGAACAAAUGUCAUCCAAUGUAGCAGGGAUCAAGCCCUUCUCAUUCAAAUCAGAUGUUUCAUUUGAGGCCUACAUUCAGUAUAAGGAGUAUAUUGGGUUUGUCAAGGCCAUGACUGCUCUCAGAGGGAUGAAGCUUGUGCUUGUCCAAAAUGGAAAUGCACAUGUUGCAUCAAUAAAGGCAAGCCUCUUACAGGUGGACUUUGAUCGAACAAAGCAUCUGAGUGAAGCGUCAAUUCGUAGAAGGAGACAGGAACGUGAGAAACUCGUUCAGCAGGCAAAGGAAGAGGAAGAAAGGCAAAGAAGGGAGAUGGAAUUGCAGCACAUGAAGUUACAAGAAGCAAAACGCCAGCAGAUACAGGGAGUGGUAGAAAAAAAGCGCAAGAAAAUUGAGAAGAAAAAGAUGAAAGUUGAAAAGCGAAAAAAGAAAGAAGAGCGAAAGAUCCAAAAGAAACUCUUGCGACUUCGAUUGAUGGAAGAAAAAGAUUUAUCAGUGAAGAUAGCAAUGGAGGAGAGGAAGCUCCUCAUUGCUCAACGCAAGUUGGAAAGCAUUCGCCUCCUUGAUGAGCUUUUUGAAAGGGUCAAGGAGGACAUGGUGGUCAAUGAAGAGAGGAAGAUGGCAGAAAUGAUCUCAACAGAGGCAUCACCCCCAGGCAUCAGCAAGAAGAUUGUGCAACUAUGGAAGAUUCACCACUUGUUUGCUUCAGUUGUUGUUUGUGAUAUUGAGCCCCAAAGUCAGUUGAGGCAAUUGCCAGGCACUCAACUGAAAGCCAGGGAGCUCAAGAUGAAUCAUUUAUACUCCAGAUGCCAUCUUUUAGGGAUGAAAUGGAAUUACUGGGACACGGGGAUGGUGGAUGUCAUUGUCCAUGUGUCACAACAGAAAAAGCAGCUGAAAAAUGCUAAGGAUGAGGUCCUCCACCAGGCCAAGGAAAAUGAGCCUAAUGAUGACCAGGCUUCCAAAUUGGACUCUGAAGAAACUCCAGAGUCAAUGCAAGAGAAGGAGGUACUAUUACGUGCCAAACUGGUGCGAAACUUCAAGGCACACCAGGAGAAGACACUGGAUCAACAGAGGGAGAAGUUACGUAAGGCUCUUCAGGAGAAAGCUGUGCAGUUGAAGUCAGUGCUGAAGUUGGGAAUGGAAGAGAACCUGGAUCUACUUGAUGAAGGGGGUGAUAGCCUGAGUGAGAUUUCUUCUGGUGAUGAGGACUCAGACCUGUCCUCCCUCAUGGGCAAUGAUAGUGACUUGCCAGAAGUGGGAGAGGAGACUUUGGCCAUAAUGGGAGGUCCUUUUCCCCCUCAUACUGGUCCUGGGCCUCAUCCAAUGCCACCUAUAGAAGGACCUCCAGGUCCAUUUCCUCCAGGAGGACCUGAAGGAAUGUUUGGCCCUCCUCCUGGCUUUGAUCCUAACAUGUUCCCUCCGCAAGGCAUGGGUGGCUUCCAAGGCCCUCCAAAUCGGGGCUUCCCUGAUAACCGAGGCUUCCGUGGGGGAUUCCGAGGUAGAAACCGCUUCCCACGUCAAAGGGGUAGAUUCUUCCGCCCCUAUUUUUUCAGGGGGAAUAUGAUGAAUCGUGGAGGCUUCCGGGGUCGUGGCAUGCACCAAAAUCCUAAUCAGCCAUACAUCCACCCAAAACUCAGGAAGAAAUUCAUUGGGUUGGAUUAUGAUCCAGAACAAGAGGGCAAGCUAGAAGAAUCUAAUCAAGAGGGUGGAAAUCGGAGACAUCGUAGGAGACGCAGCUACCGUGAUGAUUAUGACUCAAGAUCAGAUAGAUCUUCACCAAGUCGAUCAAGAAGCCGAAGUAGGAGUCGUAGCCGCAGCCGUAGUCGCUCCCGCAGUCGGAGUCGAUCGAGAUCUCAUUCAAGAUCUGGGUCUUCAAGGAGUCGACGCAGUCGCAGUUCCUCGACGCGAUCGCGUAGUCACCGAAGCUACAGCAGAAGCCGUAGCCGGAGUCGACAUUCCUACUCUUCGGAAGGUAGCGACCGUCGCAAGAUCAGCUACAAUUUUGGUCGGGGAUAUCAUCGCCAACAGCAGCAGACACAACCACAGCAGCAACAGGGCUAUAACCAACAGUAUCAGGGAAACUGGCGUGGAGGGAGGGAGGGUCAACGUUGGAAUCGCUUCUCCAGGGGCCAGGGAUGGCGUGGAGGGAAUCGUACUCCUCGUCGCGGCCAGGGUUACAUGUACAAUCAAGGACAAGAGGGGCGAGGUUAUCAACAACAUCGUGGCAGGGGGAAGCCCUUCCAUGGAGCUUCUUACUACACUGGCCUGGAUGAGGCCUAUGAGAAGUACUUUGCCAAGCUGGCUGCCAAGGAACAGAACAAGAAAUCUAGUCGUCGAAGCGUGACGAGAAGUCGAAGUGUGACUCCGGCUUCAGGCUUUGAAGAAAGGGAAUCUCCUUCUAGUUACAGGUAUAAGGGUCGAGAAUACAGAAACCGCGGGAAAGAAGAAAGCGAGAAAGAGGAGGAACACUUCCAUGAGAGAAACCGUGAUAUGGAAGAAUUGUCUCUGGCGCGCAAGAGACGCUUCAGCAGCGAGUUGGAGCUCAGCGAAGUAGAAGAAGCCCCACGGAAGAAGAAAUCCAAGAAGACCAAGAAAAAGAAGAAGCACAAGGAGAAGAGCAAAAAGAAGAAGCAUCACCAGUCAGAAUCAGAAGAAUUCAGCUGUUGACACGUGGUGAACUUGUUCACUUUCCACCGCCUAUGUUGUGGGUUUUCUAGUGGGCAUCAUUGGUUUAAGUUAGUUGUGGUACCUGGAAGUCACAGAGACAUUGAUAUGUUGUAUGAAUAAUGGAGGAGUACAAAAAACCUCACCCCAUGUUCAACCCCGGAGUUUCCUUUCUCAGCACUUUUUGUUUGCUCAUGUGACAGUCACUGAGACUGUAGAACUCACUGCAGGUGCUAUUUUAGGCGUUUCCCGUCGUCAGAUACACUACAUUGUUACAAGUGGAGAUCAGGGAAAGGACAGAUCCC